AUGAAUUCAGAAUCAUUUCGGCGACGUCCAAAAGCUUUCCUAUUUGAUAUCGGCGGAGUCUGCGUUGCCUCUCCUUUUCAAGCUAUACUCGAUUACGAGCGUGCCAAUGGCAUACCAGAAGGAUGGAUUAAUUUUUCGAUUUCACGUUCCGCUCCCAACGGAGCAUGGCAGCGUCUAGAGCGUGGUGAAAUCAAGCUAGACCCCGUCUUCUUCGCGGAAUUUAAAAGUGAUCUGCAAAAUUCAGGCUUCUGGAAAGAAUUUCUGCAAAAGAAAUUAAGUAAGCGGGGAUUUGAAAACCCCGCCAAUACGGAACCUCAAAUAUCAAUACAGCAGCCGCCUUCCAUAGAUGCAGAAUGGCUUUUUUGGGAAAUGAUGAGGAUAUCGAGAAAUGCAGAUCCUCACAUGUUCAUUGCUUUGCAAAAAUUAAAGGCUUCUGGUUUAUUCUUACUUGCAGCCCUCAGCAACACUGUCGUCUUUCCAGAGGAGCAUCCAUAUAAUAAACCAUUCGAAAGCGACAUUCGAUCUUAUUUUGACGUCUUUGUCAGUAGCGCCCACGUAGGGCUCAGGAAGCCCGAUCCUGCAAUAUACGAGCUUGCGCUGAACGAAAUGAGAAGGAGUUGGCUGGAAAGAAAUAAAGGGUCUCUCUGUGCCGAAGACGUUGUUUUCCUGGAUGAUAUAGGCGAGAACCUUAAAGCAGCAAAAGCUGCUGGAAUGAGAACGAUUCGAGUCCAGCUGGGCAGAACUGAAGAGGCAAUUGCAGAAUUGGAGGAUCUGGCCGGAAUUUCCCUCCAGAAACCUCAGGAUACUCGACCUUUCACCAAGCUCGUCAAGAACAGCGCGUACUACAGCCGCUACCAGGUUAAGUACAAGCGCCGUCGGGCGGGUAAGACCGAUUACUAUGCCCGCAAGCGGCUCAUCACCCAGGCCAAGAACAAGUACAAUGCUCCCAAGUACCGCCUGGUCGUCCGCUUCACCAACCGCGACAUCGUGUUGCAGAUCGUGACCUCCGAGAUUGGCGGUGACAAGGUCUUUGUCUCCGCCUAUGCUCACGAGCUCAAGCGCUACGGCAUCAACCACGGUCUUACCAACUGGUCUGCUGCCUACGCUACCGGUCUUCUCAUUGCCCGCCGUGCCCUCAAGAAGCUCGGCCUUGACGAGCAGUUCCCCGGUGUUGAGGAGCCCACUGGCGAGUACUCUCUCACCGAGGCCGCUGAGGGUGAGGACGGCGAGGAGCGCCGCCCCUUCAAGUGCUUCCUCGAUGUCGGUCUCGUCCGCACCUCUACUGGUGCCCGUGUUUUCGGUGCCAUGAAGGGUGCUUCUGACGGCGGUCUCUACAUUCCUCACUCUGAGAGCCGUUUCCCCGGUUACGACAUUGAGGGCAAGGAGCUCGAUGCCGACGUCCUCCGUAACUACAUCUUCGGUGGUCACGUUGCCGAGUACAUGGAGACUCUCGCCGACGACGACGAGGAGCGCUUCAAGUCUCAAUUCCAGGGCUACGUCGACGACGACAUUGAGGCUGAUGGUCUCGAGGAGCUCUACACUGAGGCCCACAACGCCAUCCGCGAGGACCCCUUCAAGAAGGAUGAGGAGGCCGGCCCCAAGAAGAGCAAGGAUGAGUGGAAGCAGGAGUCGCUCAAGCACCGCCAGUCCAAGCUCAGCAAGGAGGAGAAGACUGCUCGCGUGCAGGCCAAGAUUGCCGAGCUCAAGCAGUAA